CACCCAUACACAGCUCUAGGACACACGUACCGUUCAAUAUCCAAUAAGAAACCAAGCAUAAUUACAUAAUCAAAUAGAACGACUGGCAAAAAAAAUAAGGAAAUAUAAAAAGACAAGAGACAAACACGAAUAAAUAAAUAAAAAGGAAAGCACGAGCAACAAAAGCGGAAACCAGCGAAAACAAGGACACGAAAGCAAACACGAUAAAUCAGCGCAAAGUGCAGCAUUAUUUAAUCAACGCCAUAGCCAGUCAGCAAGUGGAAAAACCCUGGAAACGCCUAAAAAUAAAGGACACGCGAUAACCAAAAAUAGAACGUAAUGAUAAAACCAAAACCAAAGUACCUGCAACAAUGAAAUUGAGCAAAUCUUAAAGGCGUAACCCGACAAGCAAGCCCAAGAUUAGAAUUACUUUUAGAAAUAUACAAAAGGACACUCGCUAUAUACAAAAGUGCUAUAGAUAAAACGAUAAACGCUAUCCGCAAAACAACACAAAAAAGCAAAUAAAUUAAAGUAGUUCGUUGACGUUUGUUCACCGCUGGAAGUUAUCGAUACAGCCCAAGGAUAUAAAGCGUAAUCCCUGUUGAGAUAGAGUAAUGGAACUAACCUCGUAGUUUGUAGAGAGACCUGCGUCUCAGCCCGUAGGACAGCAAAUUCAAAUAACCGCAACAUAAACGCACUUAUCGACUAACUAAAACUACCAAGUAGUUGCCUCUCUAUAUACAAUAUAUAUACAUAUAUAUAUAUAUAUAUAUAUAUAUACACCUACGAGAUAUAUACAAGAUACUUAGCCGUAGCGAUUAGACGAAAAGCGCCAGUCUGUACAUCUACCUAUAUGGAUUUAUUUUUAUAAUGCCGCUAAUGCAAAACUGGAUCCCCGCCCUCGACCUAGGCCUUUCAAAUUGCAUCUGAAUAAGUAACGAGGGCGAUAUUAAUGCAUUAAUUGGGUGGCGAAGGACGUCGCCACACGGAGUCCCAAGGAGGGACUGUUGCCGGGUCCGGAUCCUUUGCGUGUUGCUCGUGUCAGAUACACAAAUACGCCCAGAACCGUAAUCCGUGGACCCGCAGAGGAGGAGUGAUACGAACGUACAGGACGAAUUAAAGCUACCUGCUUUGGGUUUCUCGUGUUGCGCUGCCUUGACGUAACUCCGCCUUAACUCGCGUCGCUUCCAUUUGCCACAAAAGUGAAAAAAGCAGAAAAUAAAGGGCGACCGCAAAGCCAAAACUGUGGUGCGUUCGUUAAACUUUCAUGACCAAACAUUAACUUAAGCAGGAAGAAGGAGGAGGAGGAGGAGGAGAGGCGUGGCCAGAGGCCAGGUUGGAAGGCCAGGCGGGAAAGCAUACAUUUCGGAGCAAGGAAACUGAGCUGUCAUCAUCACUGUCCCAUCCCCUCCAACAGCUAGUUUGUUAUUUGUGAUAAAUUAUUCAGUGAUCCACAUUUCGGAUCCCGAUCCUGCCCACCCCACUUCAGCUCCAGUUACCGUUACCGUUAUCGUUAUCGUUACAGUUCCAGCUCCAGUUCCAGGCCCCACCAUCACAUCUGUACACCAGCAACCACCAACCGAAUAGCAACAAUAACUAUACCCUAGAGGAAAAACGUCAUUUAUAAUCCAGAGUACAAAGUACGAUUAGCCCCGAAAUAACGCUGUUAACGAAACUAAAACUAAAACUCAAAGAAAAGCUAAGCUAUAAAUAGUAACAUAUGGUAUUAUUAUACACGCAACUGAAAACAGAUAGUGUCAUAGAGUCACAUAACCUCAAAGAAACGAAAACGAGCGCAUAACGAAACAAAACGAAAAGUGAAGAACCAUAAGCAAUAUAAGCAGUGCUGUUGACUAUUUUAGAGGCCACCUUUUAGAUACCGAUACCUUCUUACCCAACCUACGUUACUCAACCAAACACCUAAGAACCCACCAAAACGAAUCGAAAACCUAACCUAACCUAAAACCUUAAAACAAGGAUAACGAUGAAUAGUCCCAUGUGCGAGUGAGACAGCCGAAUAAAGAAGAAAGAGAGAGAAAGAGAGUAACACAACGAAAAGCAAUUUAAUUUUGUUUACGUGUCCGUGUGCGCUGGACUUGUAUUAGUUAAUGCCAAAAAUCGAAGCGGAAGUUGCACCCAUACCUGCACACCCAACUACCACUACAACUACAAUACACAGACACACACACUGAGUAACGAUGACAAGGCCAAGAAUUGCAGUGGGCAUUGCGGGGCCUUUCCGGCGGCAAUAACAACAGCAACACCUUGGAAAAAAAACCAAAAAAAAGAGCAACAAAAAAGAGCAGCAAAAAUAUCCACGAUAACAACAACCACGUUACGUUAGCGAAGGUGGCGCGAGUGGUUCGAUGUGGUUCGAAUUCGAGUUCGAGUGCAGGUGGUGACGUGACAGCGGCGGCGUCGUGGGUCCAAGAAAAUGCACGUUAAACACACUCAGCGCCGAGUCAGCGGUCCUGGAGCCUUCGGAACCUUUACCAACGAUCAACGCAGUGCCAGCCGCGACAACUUGAGCCCGGACAACCAGCAGCAGCAGCGGCACUCGCACUCGCACCAGCACUUGGUGCGCCAGUCUCUGGUGAGUCUCAGCAACGGCCAGCCGGCGGCAUCGGCGGCGCCGGACAGCGUCUCGCUGCUGCGAGCGGGCGAUGACCAGCAGCAGCAUCUCCAGCAGCCACAACUGCAGCAACAGCAGCAGCAGCAGCAGCAGCAGCAGCACCUUCAACAGCAACAGCAACGGCACCGCAGCAGCAGCAGUCGACUAUCGACGAGCGGCAUCUCCAAGCAGAACUCAUCGGACAGCAGGAGCGGACUGCGCAUCCUCGACAGCAGCCACAGUCCGGUGAGCUGUGGCACCCAGAGCGUGAGCAGCACUGGUGGCCAGUCGGCGCUCUACGAUGCCUGUCACGAGUAUUCGCGCAGCUUGAGUGCAGCUGCCGCUGAAGGAGCCGCGUCGCUGCUCAAGAGCCACUACAGUGACCAGCAGUUGGCGCAGCCGGAUCCAGACCCAGAACCGGAUCCGGAAAGGGAUCGGGAUCGGGAUAGGGACAGGGAUAGAGACAGAGAACGGGAGCGUCGCCACCUGACCAACCUCAAUCUCAAUCUAAGCAGCGAGUACGACUACAGCGGAAGUGAUAAGCAGCAGCUUGUCAACGAGACGUACAUCUUCAAGUGCAUCGCCAACAGUCCUUCGUUCCUGCGCACCAACAAGAUCAAGGAGCAGUCCAAGAAGCUGCGGAAUCUCUCCCUCAAGACACGCACCGCCAAGAAGAAGGGCCAGAUCAUCUCCAAGUCGAACGCGGUGUCGGAUAACUCGCUGCAUCCGGGCGACAAGUACCUGAACUUGUAUCUGGUGGAGAAGAAGCACUCGCUGCAGCCGCAGGUGGCCUCCACGUCGAGUUCCAUCAACACCCCGCAUCCGCAGGCUUCCUCCGCGCCAGCCAGUUCGUCCUCCACCUGCACCAAGGCGCCGCAGUUGCCCGCCUUGUCGGCGGUUGCUGCCCGCCAGCAGCAGUUGUUGCUAAACGGAUCGCUGAAGGGCAAGGGACAGAGUCAGAGUCAGGGGCAGAGCCGGCAGACGCUGCCCGGCCAUCGGGCGUCGGUGAGGAGCGAGAGUGGAAGCGGGAGCAGCCACACCAUUCCGGCGACGGGCAAGAGUCCGCCGGUGCCGCAAUCGCUGGCGGCCAAGAUCAGCAGCUCGGCAAGCGGCAGCAAGAACUGCAAUUUGCUCAGCGCCAGCAGCAACUCAUGCCACAAGCUGCACGCCCACGCCCAAGGAUCGGGAGCAGGAUCGGGAUCUGGAUCGGGAUCAGGACCACCCGGACACAGUCACUACGCGGCCGCCUCGCCCAAGAGCUCGGUCAGCAGCAACGGUCAUCUGAACAAGUACUGCCUCACGGACCUCACGCGCCGCAAGGCCGAGUUCAAUCGCCAGCUGAGCGCGCCCACGGACUACACGCACCACUCCUCCAGCAACGGAUCGCAGCAGGAGGGCUCCUCGGAGGCCAACGAGGGCCACGAACCGGUCGGCGAGUCCACCAUCACCGUAGCCAGCGCCGGCGUAUCGUAUCCGCAUCCGUACUCCUAUCCGUAUCACUACGCGCACCACGCCUCCUCGGCCACAGCGCCCGCCAAUCUCAAGGCGUCGCUGCAGCUGCACAGCUUCGGGAGCCACCAUCCGUGUCCUUAUCCGGCAAGGCCCACGUCCACGUCGUGCACCAACAGCUUCAAUCGGCGCCACAUCCGCCGGCACAAGGGCAAGCUCGGCGAUCGACUGCUGAGCGGGGAUAGCGAGGAAUCGGUGCGCUGCUCCUACUGCUCGGUGCUGAAUGUGAACGACAACGACCUGCGCAUUUCGUUCGAGAACACCUGCACCGAUUCGCUGGUAACCGCUUUCGAUGAUGAAGCCCUGCUAAUAUGCGACCAAGGAACCGAAAUGGUACACUUUGAUGACGUGUCGUUGUACGGCACUCCGAAAGAGGAGCCCAUGCCCAACAUACCGAUCGUGUCGGAAAAAGUCUCUGCGAAUUUCCUAAAAAGUCAAUUGCAAUCAUGGUUCCAGCCGACGGACAACCGACUGGCCAUGAAACUGUUUGGCAGCCGAAAGGCGCUGGUCAAGGAGCGCAUACGUCAGAAAACUUCCGGGCACUGGGUCAUACACCCGUGCAGUUCAUUCAGGUUUUACUGGGACCUUUGCAUGCUUUUAUUAUUAGUAGCAAAUCUUAUUAUCCUGCCAGUCGCAAUAUCAUUCUUCAACGAUGAUCUGAGCACACGAUGGAUUGCCUUCAACUGCCUAAGUGAUACUAUUUUUUUAAUAGAUAUUGUAGUCAAUUUUAGAACAGGAAUUAUGCAACAAGACAACGCUGAACAAGUAAUAUUGGAUCCAAAGCUUAUAGCUAAACACUAUUUAAGAACUUGGUUUUUUCUCGAUUUGAUUUCGUCGAUACCGCUAGAUUAUAUAUUUUUAAUUUUCAAUCAAAUUAUGAAAUUGCAGGAUUUCUCUGAUUCUUUUCAAAUAUUGCAUGCCGGACGCGCCCUGCGCAUCCUGCGCCUGGCCAAGCUUCUAUCCCUGGUGCGACUGCUCCGCCUUUCCCGCCUCGUGCGCUACGUGUCCCAAUGGGAGGAGGUCUAUAUUCUGCAGAAUCUACAGAAAAAAAGUGCUGAUCGCAGAGGGAGAAUGAACAGAAAAGACAAAGAUGGCUUGACAAAAAGCAACCUAAUUCUCAAGUUCCUCAAUAUGGCCUCGGUCUUCAUGAGGAUCUUCAAUUUAAUUUGCAUGAUGCUCCUGAUCGGCCAUUGGAGCGGUUGCUUGCAGUUCUUAGUGCCAAUGUUGCAGGGUUUUCCAUCCAACUCCUGGGUCUCCAUCAACGAGUUGCAGGAAUCGUACUGGCUGGAGCAGUAUUCGUGGGCAUUGUUCAAGGCCAUGUCGCACAUGCUCUGCAUAGGCUACGGCAGAUUCCCGCCACAAUCACUGACAGACAUGUGGCUGACGAUGCUAUCGAUGAUAUCCGGGGCCACCUGUUACGCAUUGUUCCUCGGUCACGCGACCAAUCUCAUCCAGAGCUUGGACUCCAGCCGGCGCCAGUAUCGCGAGAAGGUCAAACAGGUGGAGGAGUACAUGGCCUACCGCAAGCUGCCACGCGACAUGCGGCAGCGCAUCACGGAAUACUUCGAGCAUCGGUACCAGGGUAAAUUCUUCGAUGAAGAGUUGAUACUUGGCGAGUUGAGCGAAAAACUGCGCGAGGAUGUCAUCAACUACAACUGCAGAUCCCUCGUGGCGUCAGUGCCUUUUUUUGCUAAUGCCGAUUCGAAUUUCGUUUCCGACGUAGUUACCAAACUGAAAUACGAAGUUUUCCAACCAGGUGAUAUUAUCAUAAAGGAGGGUACGAUCGGUACUAAGAUGUACUUCAUACAGGAGGGCGUGGUGGACAUUGUCAUGGCCAACGGCGAGGUUGCCACCUCACUUUCGGAUGGGUCCUACUUCGGUGAGAUCUGUCUGCUGACCAAUGCGCGUCGUGUGGCCAGCGUGCGAGCCGAAACCUAUUGCAAUCUAUUCUCGUUGAGCGUGGAUCAUUUCAAUUGCGUUCUGGAUCAGUAUCCGCUGAUGCGCAAGACCAUGGAGACUGUGGCCGCCGAGCGGUUAAACAAGAUCGGCAAGAAUCCAAACAUAAUGCAUCAGAAGGACGAGCAGCUGAGCAAUCCGGAGUCGAACACGAUUACGGCUGUGGUUAAUGCCCUGGCUGCCGAGGCGGAUGACUGCAAAGAUGAUGACAUGGAUCUCAAGGAGAAUUUACUGCAUGGGUCAGAGUCGAGCAUUGCUGAGCCGGUGCAGACGAUACGUGAGGGUCUCCCGAGGCCACGGAGCGGGGAGUUCCGUGCCUUGUUCGAGGGUAACACUCCAUGACACUGAGGAGCAGUGACAAGCGGUGCCCUCGGGCACCGGGCAACCAUCUGAAGCAGCGGUUCGCUGGACACUCACUCACCAAAAUCCACAUCCAUACUCCACACGGACUACCACACUCACACACACACACUCACUGCGUAUAUAAUAAUUUAGUAAAAGGAACCCCAAGACGCGAUAAGAGUACACUAAAAAAGAAUCAAUUUAUGGUAGACACUCUAUAUAUGCAAUUGCGAUUUAGUAGAAAACGUAUUAAAAACAAAAAACCCAAAAAAAAAAAGAAGAUAAAAACAAUUACACAAAAAAUGUCCUCAAUAAUUAUUCAUAAUUUCAGCUCCGCUAACUGUGAUGACUUUAAUAUAAGAAUCGAAAAAAAAUUAACAAACAAAAAAAAAAAAGAAAACGAGUACAUACAGAGAUAAAUUAUGCGAUAGAGAGAACUCAGCAGCCAGCAGACAGAUCAGAAAAUCACAACCCACGGCCAUAGAAGAUCUGCUACCCACUCCACACCCACACCCACACUACACACCACACACCACCACCGCCAUCACAAACAGCAAAUACUGACAUAUAACGUAAAUCUACAUAUAAGUUUUAUGCCCACGAUAUUGUAACGAUAACGAAGUGAAUAGACUUUUGAAUUGCUACCUAGGCGUUAGUCCUAUGGACCUACUCUACAAGAACACACAACCACACAGCAGCAAGCACACCUGUAGGUGGCCAAGUGGCCAACGGGUCAAAGGUGACACGAUUCAAGCAACAGGCAUCAGGCAUCGGGGGGCGACAGUGACAGUCAGACAGACAGACAUGCAUCAACUUAUGAUAUAAACGAAGCGAAGCGUUACAGCAUACCAAAACAUAUUUAUGCGCGUAGCUAUUAUGUACUCGAGCAACCAACAAACAAACAACAAAACAAUUAUGUAUUAUUGCGAUUAUAUAGCAUAUUUAAAUACGCAUUGCAAAAAAAAAAAAAACAAGAAAAAGGGAAAACAUAACUCAGCAAUAUACAAAACCAGAAAAGAACCCAAGAAACAAAACUAAAUGAAAAGUAUUUAAGCAAAAAUUUAACGAAUGCGCAUUAGUAGAUGAACUAUUAGUUUUUCACUCACUAACAAACAAAACACCACUCGACACACAACGUAGUAGAGAAGCCUCAACAAAAAAAAUAAAAAAACAUAAUGAAAAAUAUAUGAAAAACCAACCUCAGGGUGCCGUCGUUUCAGCGGUCACCAAAAAAUAAAAAAAAACAACAACCAAAAAAAAAAAUCUAAAAACAGACAAGAAACCAACUAUAUACACAACAUAUAUAUACAAAACAUAGACAAUGUUGUCUUUUAUAGGGAAUUGUUAAAGCGCCUCAGUUACAUUUCAAGUAUUUAUUGCGGGCCUGCCCACCAGGCGAGAUCAUGAUUUUCCAUUCAGAUUCAGAAUUUCCGUUCAAGAUGCCACUUUUAGUUGCGAGCGAGAUCUCUUUUGCAAGUGGUUCGUCUUUGAGUCCUUGUUUGUUUUACUUUCGGGCAUAAAUCAGGCGAAGGACAGCGACUUGUUGAAGGAUUUAUGUAACCUAGUAUUUUAUUACACGUAAACUAAUAAAAAGAAAGCAGAAGGACAGCGUUUGCCUUAAAAUAA